AUGGUUAAUCUUUCUCUAUAUCUCGUUAUCCAAGGAUUGAUGACAACAAGCACACUACAGCAUUUGUUGGAUCUGACAUUGUUUACAUCAAUAACGUAUAUGUUAUUGGUUGCUCCAUACACCAAAGUAGAGGAAUCAUUUAAUGUUCAAGCCAUUCAUGACUUUAUAAACCUGGGGAUAGACAGUCUGGAUUCAUUUGAUCACAUGUAUUUUCCAGGAGCUGUCAAACGUACAUGUAUAGGUUCUUUGCUGUUGUCAUUACCGUCUAUAUAUUUAUCAAAUUUUAUGAGGCAAUGGGCUUUACGACUGAUAUCUUUGGCUACAUUAAUAAAUUCUAUAGUUCCAACAUCACUUGGAAAGGUUUUAGCAAAAGAACUGCCUAACGUUUUGAAAGAAACCAAAGUUUAUCAACUAAUAAUUACCAGGUUUUUGUUGUCAUUGGUAACAUUUUUUUCUAUUAUAUACCUCAGGAAAUCAAUAGCUUAUGCGUGCUCAAAAACGUCUAAAAAUAUAGGAAUAUGGUUUUCAUUCUUCAUGUAUCCUUUGCCGCAUAUUCUUUUCUACUCUUCGAGGUUAUUACCGAACUUUAUUUGUUUACCCCUAUUCAAUGCUGCAAUUGGUUUGUUUUUAUGUGGUGAUAUACCCAGGUCAAUUACCAUUCUUGUUUUUGUCGGUGUGGUCUUUAGGUUUGAAGUGUUGGUUUUUACCGGAGCUCUUAUUUUUUUCUGCGUAAGUGGGAUUUUCCGUUAUGGUCGCCCUAUAAUGAAGUUUAGAGAAGCAGUUGUUUCAGUUGCCACAUCAUUGUUGUUAAGCGGAUUUUUAAGUGCAAGAAUUGAUUCUUAUUUUUGGAAUGUUGAGAUUACUAUUCCCGAGUUUGAGUCGUUCAUAUUCAAUAUAUUGAAAGGUAAUUCAUCUGAAUGGGGUGUUGAACCUUUCCAUGCCUACUUUACAAGGUACCUCCCUAAAUUGUUUGCAUCACAGUUUGAGCUUACUCCUAUACUGACUUUACUCUUUACAGUUUUUUCUCUACUAAAUGCUAAAAAGUUAUACCUUAGCUCACAUAAAAAGCCAGAUUAUAAUGUGGAUUAUGUAAAUUAUGGUGUUGGAACACUUACAACUUUGCUAUGGUCGUCUUACCUAUACAUGCUGGUAUUAUCUGUCAACGGACACAAGGAAUGGAGGUUUAUGGUAUACUUAGUUCCAAUCUUUUGUUGUAUUGCUGCAAGUGCUUUUGAAUGGGUGUUGUCAAAAGUAGGGAAAUUUAUAAGAAAAUUACUUUUACUUUCAAUAUGUCUCUUAUUUUUAGGGAGUUUACUGUUUUCAUUCGUUUUUGGCCUCAUUUCAAGUUGGAAUUAUACAGGUGGCGAUGCAGCUCAAAAGCUAAAUUUGAGGUUAAUUGAUAUGUAUGGACCAAAUGCGAAUAUGAUCAAACCUAUUGUUGUACAUUGGGAUGUAGGCACUUGCAUGAAUGGAGCCUCUUUAUUCACACAAAUUGGAGAUAACAAAGCAAGUCAAGAUCAAUGGGUUUCUAUGGAUGACCAGCCAGUCAAAUAUUGGAUAAUAUAUGAUAAAACUGAAGACACCGAUGCUUUGGCUCAGAUUGUCGAUGACUUUGACUACUGGGUUCAGUAUGACGACGAGCCUUUAGCGCAGCCAAGUGAUGGGUACGAAUGGAUAUUAGUCGACAUGUUGGAGGGUUAUGACGGAAUAAACACACAGUUAGUCAUCAGUUUAUUGAAGAAUCCCGGCCAAGUUUUUGCACAGCUGUUCCACUCUAUUGAAUCCAAAAAUUUCACAUGGAUCCAGAAUGUUCUUGAUAACUGUAUAAAAAAGAAAGUCAGAGGUAAGAUAUGGGAACGUGCAAAAAUACAGUCACUUUAA